AUGGCAACGAUCAUAACAACCAGCAGAUUGGGCCAGAUUCAGGGAAGGACCAGAGAUGGCCUGACCCAGUACCUGGGAAUUAAAUACGCAAAUCUGAAAAAUCGCCUUGCCGACGCUGAAUUGAUUGAGGAACGACAGGGAGAUCUCCUCGAUGCAACCGCUGAUGGACCUACGGCAUUAUCGCUUCCAGUGGGAUGCGACAUUGAACUACGCCAUGUCCAGCAGCCCUUGCCUAUGAAAGAAUUUCGCCAGUCGGAUCUUGAUUGUCUCAACCUCAAUAUUGCGGUACCAUCGGACGCUACUUCGUCAUCGAAGCUACCCGUCUUGUUCUUCAUUCAUGGCGGUGGCCUGUUUAUCGGUGCCAAUUCAUGGCCACAAUACGAUCUCACUCGACUAGGAAAGCUAUCAAUCGAGAGGAAGCUGCCGGUAGUGAUAGUGACCAUCAAUUAUCGAUUGGGUGCGCCAGGAUUCCUUACAUCCAAGGAACUUCGCGAUGCAGGAUACAAUUCCAACAAUGGUCUGCGUGAUCAACGUGUGGCACUGGAAUGGGUACAUAAGCACAUUCGUGACUUUGGUGGAGACCCGGAUAAUAUCACCGCGGGCGGGAUGAGUGCUGGUGGAGCCUCGGUGACAUAUCUUCUACAGUCGCAAACGCCACUGUUCAAACGCGCAAUUGCAAUGAGUGGUACAUCACUGCUCGUUCAGGCCCUUCCCUACGAGGUACAUGAAGACAACUAUGAAAAGGCGAUGGCCCAGUUGGGCCUGGCAGAUGCUUCGGCUGAGGACCGGAUCAAAGCACUGUUAGACAUGCCGGGGCAGGAACUAGUUGCCAAGCUUCCCCCAUCUAUCUUAUUUGUUCCCGCUCUCGAUGGCGAUAUAAUAUAUCCGGGCGUGACAUAUGCAGAGCUUGGAAGGCUGCAAUCAAAGGUUUUUUCAGGAAAACAUUGGUGCAAGGAUUUGUUGAUCGGAGAUGCUGAAAUAGAUGCAAGCAUUUUUGAAUACCUUGCGCCACAGAUGAAGGUCAACGGUGCCAAGCGCUUUAUAGCGGCGCUCGAAGAAACUCUUGCGUCAUACCCCCAGAUCGUUCAGCGCAUUCUGGACGCAUAUCGAAUCUCCGAGGGCACUUCCGAUGAGAUGGCGAUAUCUUCUAUUCUCGCCUUUUUUACCGACAUAUUGUUCCACGCAUCGACGCUCAGUUUUGCCAGGGGCUGGAAUGGCAAUGCCUAUGUAUACUAUUUCAAUGAGGGUAACCCCUGGGACGGACCAUGGAAAGGUCGCGCAAAUCACAUCCUCGACGUGACCUACCUCUUCCAGAAUUUCCUCGAGUACCUGAAUCCAGAACAAGAGGCAGUCUGCAAAGCAUUUGCCGAGGACGUUUUCAAUUUCUGCCACGGCACUGCCCCGUGGCCAGCUGUUACUCCUGGGGAGAUCAACACGGGAUUUACGGCAAGAGUUUACGGUCCCAGCCAGCAGGGAGUCAUUGCUAGCGUUGCACGACAAGCGUUCGAUGGCCAGACCUUGCGUAGAAGCGUUCUUUUUGAAUGUUCGUCCGUGGUGUCGCUUGACGAUUUGGCCAAGGUUUUUGUGGCUUUCCGAUCCAGUUGA